GGGCCGCGUCAGGCGCUUCCCGACUCUCGCUCCAGCCGCCGGGCUCCGGGGCCGCUGCGCAGGGGCGCGCUCCGGAGCUUUCGCCCGGCCAGGAUGGGCGCCGCCGCGCUGCUGCUGCUGCUGCUGCUGGCGCUGCUGCUGCUGGGGGCGCUGAGUCCGGCGCUGCGCUUCCGCGCCAAGGUGGGCAGCUACUGCGUCCUCUGCGUGGUCGCCUCGGCCCUCACCAGCGUCGCCUGCCUGCUCUGGAACGGCGGCCGCACCGUCCGCAACAUGACGCUCAUUAAAAACGUGGUUCGCACCUUCAAGUACGUCUACGGCCUGAGGUUUGAAGUGAAGGGUCUGGAGCACUUUGAGAUCGAAGGUCCCUGUGUCAUCGUUUCAAACCACCAGAGCAUCCUGGACAUGAUAGGGCUGAUGGAAAUCCUUCCGGAGCGCUGCGUCCAGAUUGCCAAAAGGGAGCUGCUGUACUUCGGGCCGGUGGGGCUGGUCAUCUACCUGGGCGGGAUCAUCUUCAUCAAUCGGAAGAGCACCGGCAACGCCAAGUCUGUGAUGUCCGGAGUCGGCCAGAUCAUGACCAGCGAGAACCUCAAGAUCUGGAUUUACCCAGAGGGAACAAGGAACAUGAAUGGAGACCUUCUGCCGUUUAAGAAGGGGGCUUUUCAUCUCGCAGUCCAGAGCCAGGUUCCAAUAAUUCCUGUGGUCUAUUCCUCCUUUUCUUCGUUUUACAACCCAGAAAAGAAGAAGUUUACAUCAGGCAAAAUCAAGGUGGAAAUCUUCCCGCCCAUCUCAACGAAGGACCUGACAACUGAGGAUGUUGAUGAGCUCGCCAAGCAGUGCUACACCACCAUGAGGGAAACCUUCUUCAGAUUGUCGGGAAAGAACCGAGAAGCCAACGGAGAGGCCUCCAUCCUUGGGCAGUAGGGUCUCUUGCCAAAAUGGCUAGGGGAGGGGAGUGUGGGACAGAUCCUUCAAUUGCCCCAAAGAGUGGUGAUGGCCCCCUUGCUUGACGUGGUGGUGAAAACGUGUAGAUAUUCCCAAAGAACUUGAGUGAGGGGAGAAGGAAAUUCAACCGGUGGAUGUGCUCAAAUUUCUCAGGUGGAGGAAUCUCCUCUCCCCACCUUCUUCUUCACAAAUUGCUAUUACCAAAGAUUCCUGACCUUCUCUGUGUUCACAACCCAGCAGCUUAAACAAUCCCAAGUGCCUUUUGUCUCCUGGUGUCUCCAGGAAUUGGGUCCAUGGCUUCCUCCUUGACCUCCGGGGUGAUGGGUGUGAAGGCGCUUACUUCCCUUCAUUGGGCACAGGGAUAAUUUGGGUGGGCAGGCCCAGAGCCUGGUCCACUUGGCACUUUUUCCUAAAGGAAGAUGGGGGUCAGGCCCCACUACCAGUAUUUGACAUAGUUUCAGGUUGAGAUGGGGAAUGUUCCUGAACCAGUAAUGAUCCUCGUUCAGAAGAGGGGAUGCUGGGUAUUUGCUGUCCUGAUAGAUGGCAUCUAUUACUGUUGGGGACAAGGUGUGCAAGUAGACUCCCACAGGUAAGCUGGGGAGAAUGUGAAGGACCAUGGCAGAGUUUGCCAUUAUGGUAACCAAGCAAAUUCCAUCCUCUACCUAGGACUCCUAUUGACACUGUAGUGCAGUGCUUCUCCAUCUCACCAACUUGGUGAUGCAAGGACCUCAACUCCAAGAAUUCUCCAGCCAGCUGUGCUAGGGAAUGCUUGCUGGAGAAUUCUGGGCAUUGAAGUCCCUACAUCAUAAAGUCCUUCCAACUUUAAAUCUUGCCCAAGAAUAAGGAAGCUUUCUUAUUUAUUUGGGACAAAGUUUCCCCCGUGUUCUUUUCUUUCGAGAUAACUAUCGCUCUGUUGCAAGAAGAGAUAAUUUAGUCACCAAAAGUUGCCUCACAUGGUUUGGGUGCCAGAGUUGCAAAGCAGAUGUACUAACUUGGAAAUUCUGAGAUAUCAUCAUCAUGAGAUCUCUGAGAAGAGCUGACACGGGGUGAAUCCUUUUGCUGGAGAGGAUUUCAAAACAGUUACGAACAGGUAAAGAGAUCUGAUUAAGUUUACCUGCCGUAGUGUUUGGAUUUGCCCAUCAGCUCAGUGAAGCAUGGCUGUUUUAUUUCGAUUUUUGUGAGAACGGAGGGCACAAUGCUGCUAGCAACUCUUCCCUAACUGUCACCCUCAGCUGGGUUGUGAGUCCAACAGUUGAGUUGUGUUGGGGCAGAGAUUCCCAGGAGUAAACUCUUAAAGAGAAUCAGAAGUACUUUCAGACAGACAUCGUGUUCACUCGGAAUUCUGAUGGAGAACUUGCUAUUUGGCCAACAUUCCCGGCAUGUUGGGCUGCUGCCCUGCUAAACUGGGAUUGCUCCCCACCAAGCCUUGACACCGAUCCCAGUCAAUAAAGCCACUGCCUGUUGGUUGACAAUUUGCUCAAGGGUGGAGACUUUUGUCUGUUUCUGAACCUGUUGGGACCCUGAACCAAGUUGGGUGGGCUUAGAUGAUCUUUAAGGUCCUUGCCAGCCCCGUCAGGCAAAAGUGUUCCCUUGGUUUCAUCCAAUCCGCUGUGGCCCUGCACUCAUCCCCAUGGAUCAUUCUUCUACAGUCCCAGUCCCGACCCCCAAAAAGGGUGGAGACUAGGCACAACUCAGCUUCCUUUAUCUGGAGGCUCCAGAGCAGGAGGUCUCAACCUUUCCCAACUUCAAGAUGGGUGGACUUCAACUCCCAGAAUUCCCCAGCCAGCUUGCUGGUUAGGGAAUUCUGGGAGUUGAAGUCCACCCAUUUUAAAGUCAUCGAGGUUGAAAAAGACUGCUCCAGACUCUCUGGAGAAUUCAUUGGGCUUGGUGAUCAAUCAUCCUUCCGUGGACAGGAGAACAGCCAAAUGUCCAGGAUUUCUCAGUAUCUGGGAUGCUGUUCUUGCUGUACCCCCACCCUCCACCCUACUCCAAUUCGGCAACAAAGCCCAUCUCCCACUUAGCGGGGGAUGAAGCUACCCCUGAAGCAAUUCAGCAUCUGAAGACCCAUCAAGCACAACUCCAACAUUCAGAGGGUCUGUUGGAUCCACCAACCUCUUAAACCAGUUCCAGCUUUUGGCAGGCCUGAAGGACCAACAAAAAAGAUGGCUGGGGGGGGGUGUUACUUGGAAUCCUGACAGCUUUAUUUACAGGGUUUGGGGGACACGGUUGUCUUGUCCAAGUGGGGGACAAGCAACUGGAAGGGAGGCCCUCAACCUUAGGCAAAGCACUCAUCACCAGCCUGACUUCAGGGGGUGAAGACAAGAAAGAGUAGGUGGCUGCUGGGAGUUGUAGUUCCGACAGCUGAAGAAUGGUUCUCCUGACCCCUUCAAAAGCAUACCAAAAACAUGUGCCAAAGUGCCUUAUUGCAAAACCGUGGAUUGCGUUUUGGUAUUGUCAAAUGUACUAUUUUUAUAAAGAAUUUUAUUUAAAGAGAA